UGCUCUGCAGCUUUUCUUUCCUGUCCUGUCUUCUCUCCCUGCGCUUGAAUGGAGAGGCCGGGCUCUCUGGAACCCGCACCCCCCUUGCAGGGUGCAGAACCCGUUGCUGGGGUUCAUGCUGCCAAGAUGGAAGCGCCUCCUGCGGAUGAGGGGGCAACAUUUGCCAGCUCCAAGCUGUUUUGGUGUGGGUGUGUGAAGCGUUGGCUGCCUCUGGCCUACAGAGAGGAACUUUAUCACGUCUUACGACUCACAGGCCCCCUGCUGCUGUCCCGGAUUCUGAACUUUCUCCUGCCGUUUGUUAUCACCAUUUUUUGCGGUCACAUUGGAAAUGCAGAGUUGGCUGGAUAUGCCCUUGCCUCAGCGAUGAUCAACGUGACAACAACUGCAACGGGCUAUGGCCUGACGAUGGCGUGUGAUACUCUCAUUUCCCAGACAUAUGGCAGCAGGAACAUGAAACGUGUGGGAGUUAUUCUACAGAAAAGCACCCUGAUCCUGCUGAUGUUUUGUCUGCCUUGCUGGGCUCUCCUUGUCAACUCCCACAAUUUACUGCUCCUUCUUCAGCAAAAGCAUGAAGUAGCCCGAAUUGCCCACCUUUACGUGAUGGCGUUUCUUCCUGCUGUUCCAGCUAUGUUUUUGCAUCAGCUGCAGGUUUCUUAUCUACAAAACCAGGGGAUCAUUCUACCCCAGAUGUACACAGCUGCAGUAGCCAACAUUUUGAACUUGGGGAUCAAUUUUCUUCUUAUUUCUGAGCUCAAGCUGGGUGUAAUUGGAUCAGCGACUGCCAACAGCCUCUCUCAGAUCAUCAUUUGCCUUCUGUUGUUUGGCUACAUCAGGUGGAAGAAGCUCUAUAAGCAGACAUGGGGAGGUUGGUCCACUGAAUGUCUGCAGGGCUGGGGUUCCUACAUGAAGCUGGCCGUUCCCAGCGCAUUCAUGAUCUGUUUUGAGUGGUGGGUCUGGGAGGUUGGAGGCUUUCUUGCAGGUUGGCUUGGAGAAGAUGACCUGGCUGCCCAGCAUCUGAUGGUAGAAAUAGGAGCCAUAACAUACAUGUUUCCUUUAGGUAUCCACGCUGCAGCCUGUGUGCGUGUGGGGAACGCUUUGGGAGCCGGGAACACAUCAAGAGCCAUAAUCACCUGCAAAGUUGCCUUAGUUCUUUCAGGAGUGCUGGCUCUGUUCCAGGGGUUCAUCCUCGCUGGCUGUAAGUCCGUCAUUGGCUACAUAUUUACCUCAGACGUCAAAAUUGUGCAGCUCGUAUCAGACAACUUGACAGUUUACACAUUUCUUCAGUUCCUUGAUGCUCUUCUGUGUGUCUGCACAGGGAUUCUUGUUGGAUGUGGGAUGCAGAAAAUCGCAGCCGUGUCAAAUUUGAUAUUUUACUACCUCAUCGGCCUGCCUGUCGGAAUAGCACUGAUGUUUUGGGCCAAGCUGCGAAUAUUAGGCUUGUGGCUCGGUCUCCUAAUUUGUGUUUUCAUCCAGACGGGUUUCUUCCUUGCUUUGAUCUUUAAAGCUGACUGGAAAAAAGUGACGCAGAAGGUGAGCUAUUCUCUUCUUUCUUUAUAAAAGUAUACAAAUGUU